CGGGACGUUACGACAGCCGUCUUUGCGGCAGCGGGCUGCUUUCCGGCGUUCAGCGUCGCUUGGCGGCAGAAGGAGCGGAGAGGGAGGCGGGAGGACAACAAAGGGGGCGAGGGGCGGCGGCGGCAGCGGGAUGUGAGGGGCGGCGGCGGGGGCGGCUCAGCAGGUGGGAAGGAUGAAAGGAGGGGGGGAUGGAAGAAUGUUGAACCUUUUUGUUUGGCUGUAUGAUGGAAGGAAACAGGACAGAGAACCUCUGCAAUAGAUCGUUUGGAUGGCUUCAGCAAGAAGAGAAUGAUGCUAAACCAUGGCUCUGGAAGCUUUCUAAUUGUUUUUCUGCUGCUGAGAAGUCUUUGCCUUGUGGUUCAAAAACGAAAGACUACAUGGAGAACAAGAAAGGUGCUGUAGAAUUGAAGGAUACUUCAUCUCCACAUAAUGCUGGCUCUAAGCUGUUCCCAGCAGUACCACUUCCUGAUGUUCAUCCUCUUCAGCAACAACAAAUACAGCUUUCACCUGCCCCGAAAGUAAGCUGCUGUGCUCAUGGCUCUGACUCUUCUUGUAGUCCACAAGUACAUUGUGGUGGUGGUGGUGGUGGUAAUUUGAUUCACCCUGGCACAGUAUUAGACUCAAAAGGCACUGGAACGAUUACUUGUCAAGUAGGGUCAGGACUGGCUUUUCAGUCUGCAUCUUCACUGAAGAACUCUCCACCUAGAAGCAAUUUGGCAGGGAUUGCGAGUGAGUUUCCUGCUGGCAUGCGUGUAGAAAACAGUGUCUCUUCCUGUCAACAUCUGCCCUGUUGUGGAAAACUCCAUUUCCAGUCCUGUCAUGGUAACGUGCACAAACUGCAUCAGUUCCCAGCCCUUCAGAGCUGCACAUCUUCUGGUUAUUUUCCUUGUUCUGAAUUCACAAGUGGGGCCCCAGGCCACUUGGAUGAACAUAUUGCACAGUCGGAGCUAACGUCACGCGUGUGCGCCAACCCUUUGCACCUAAACAUGGCACCUUCAGUUUGUUUAAAGGGUUCUCACUACUGCAGUGACUGCUUGAGCAAGCCAAUCAGAAACAGCAUAGCUGCUAAAAUCUGGCCAAAUAUUCCUCCUCCAAGUGCACAGACUGCACCUGUUCCUAUCCCAAUAUGUAAUGGCUGUGGAACCAAAGGGGCAGGAAACGAGAAGAGUUUGCUGCUGGCAAGCAGCCUUGGCAAAUCACCACAGAAAUACGGGUCUCCAGAAGUUGCAAUAACAGGACAAGUUCUGGAAAAUUUGCCCCCCAUUGGAGUCUUCUGGGAUAUUGAAAACUGUUCAGUUCCCACUGGCCGUUCAGCUAUAGCAGUUGUACAGAGGAUUCGUGAGAAGUUUUUUAAAGGCCACAGAGAGGCAGAAUUCAUCUGUGUAUGUGACAUCAGUAAAGAAAACAAAGAAGUUAUUCAGGAGCUGAACAACUGCCAGGUGACCGUUGCACACAUUAAUGCUACAGCAAAGAAUGCUGCUGAUGACAAACUCAGACAGAGUCUUAGGAGGUUUGCUGAUACACACACUGCACCCGCCACUGUUGUUCUUGUGUCAACGGAUGUAAACUUUGCUUUGGAACUCAGUGACCUGAGACAUAGACAUGGUUUUCGGAUAAUUUUGGUGCACAAAAACCAAGCUUCAGAAGCACUCUUACAUCAUGCUCAUGAGCUUAUUUGUUUUGAAGAAUUUAUUUCAGACUUGCCACCAAGGUUACCGCUGAAAAUGCCGGCCUGCCAUACACUGCUAUAUGUUUAUAAUCUGCCAACGAAUAGAGACAGCAAAAGUGUUGGCAACAGACUGAGGCGUUUGUCAGAUAACUGUGGAGGGAAGGUGCUGAGCAUUUCUGGGAGCAGCGCAGUGCUUCGGUUUUUGAAUCAAGACAGUGCUGAACGGGCUCGGAAGCGAAUGGAAAAUGAAGAUGUUUUUGGUAAUAGGAUUGUAGUGUCCUUUUCUCCAAAAAACAAAGAAUUGAGUGAAGCAAAAAGCUCUAGUUUUGUGGGGACUGAAAAGGUGAAGUCUCCCAAAAAAAUUAACAAAAACACAAAGCUGUGCCUCCUCAACAAGGAAUCUGGUGAUCAGUCUUCUGGUGCCAAAGGCUCUGCUGGGAGGGGAUUCCAGGUUCAUGGAUCAGUCAUCAAGCCCACCAAUGUUAAAAGUUUACAGGAGCUGUGCCGCAUUGAAUCAAAGACCAUCAGUAGAAAUGCUGAAAACCAGCAAGAACAUUCAAGAGAACAAAUUUCCUGUCCUCAGAGUAACUCUAACACAGCAGUUCCUGUGUCUCUGGCAACCAAAAAAUUUGGAACAGGAGAAUCAUCCUGCAAAAGUAGUCAGAAAAAAGAGACCACUGCUUCCAGGAGCAUUAGCAGUUCCCCUGUAGAUAAAGAUGAAACUGUAUUCCAGGUCAGCUAUCCUUCAGCUUUCAGUAAGUUGACAGCCUCAAGACAGCUCAGUCCUUUAUUCAUGUCUCAGAGCUGCUGGUCAUCUCGGAGUAUGUCUCCAAACCUGUCAAAUAGAUCAUCUCCACUCACGUUUAAUGUAGUUAAUCCUACUGGUGGCACAGACUCUACUGAUCCUUUUGGAAAUGGUGCAGACAUUCACAUCAGCAAUGUAGAUUACAGAUUGUCCAGAAAAGAGUUGCAACAAAAUUUACAAGAGAUUUUCUCAAGACAUGGCAAGGUAAAAAGUGUAGAGCUUAGUCCUCACACAGACUACCAGCUGAAGGCUACAGUUCAGAUGGAAAAUCUGCAAGAAGCAAUCAGUGCUGUCAACAGUCUGCAUCGAUACAAAAUAGGCAGUAAAAGGAUCCAGGUCUCCUUGGCAACAGGAGCCUCUAGUAAAUCACUCUCUCUACUGAGCUCAGAAGCUGUGUCCAUUCUGCAGGAUGCACCUGCCUGUUGUCUGCCUGUGUUCAAAUUCACAGAAAUUUAUGAAAAGAAAUUUGGGCAUAAGUUGAUUGUAUCAGAUUUAUAUAAACUGACAGAUACUGUGGCAAUCCGUGACCAAGGAGGUGGGCGGCUGGUGUGCCUUUUACCCAGCAGCCAAGCCAGGCAGAGUCCCUUGGGAUCUUCACAGUCACACGAUGGUUCCUCAGCAAACUGCAGUCCUGUAAUAUUUGAAGAGCUGGAAUAUCACGAACCUGUUUGUAAGCAGCAUUGCCUGAAUAAAGACUUUAUUGAGCAUGAGUUUGAUCCAGAUUCUUAUAGAAUUCCUUUUGUGAUUUUGUCUCUGAAGACAUUUGCUCCCCAAGUUCACAGUCUUCUACAGACACAUGAGGGUACUGUGCCUUUACUGAGUUUUCCUGAUUGUUAUAUGUCAGAGUUCAGUGAUCUUGAAAUGGUGCCAGAAGGCCAGGGUGGUGUUCCUUUAGAACAUCUAAUUACCUGUGUUCCUGGAGUUAACAUUGCCACUGCCCAAAAUGGCAUUAAAGUUAUUAAAUGGAUACAUAACAAACCACCACCUCCUACUACAGAUCCCUGGCUUCUGCGUUCUAAGAGCCCUGUAGGUAAUCCACAACUUAUUCAGUUCAGCAGAGAAGUGAUAGAUCUACUUAAAAGUCAACCAUCCUGUGUGAUACCUGUCAGUAAAUUCAUCCCAACAUACCAUCAUCACUUUGCAAAACAGUGCCGGGUGUCUGACUAUGGCUAUUCUAAAUUAAUGGAGCUCCUAGAAGCAGUGCCUCAUGUACUUCAAAUUCUUGGUAUGGGUUCCAGACGCUUGUUAACUCUUACACACAGAGCUCAAGUGAAGCGCUUUACUCAAGACUUACUGAAGCUUCUCAAAUCCCAGGCCAGUAAGCAGGUUAUUGUGAGGGAAUUCUUACAGGCUUAUCACUGGUGUUUCUCUAAGGACUGGGAUGUUACAGAGUAUGGAGUGUGUGAACUGGCUGAUAUUAUAUCAGAAAUUCCAGAUACAACCAUUUGUUUGUCACAGCAAGAUAAUGAAAUGGUCAUUUGUAUUCCCAAAAGAGAACGUACACAAGAGGAAAUUGAAAGAACCAAACAAUUUUCUAAAGAGGUGGUCGACUUACUGCGCCAUCAACCCCAUUUUCGAAUGCCCUUCAAUAAAUUUAUUCCUUCUUAUCACCACCACUUUGGUCGUCAGUGCAAGCUUGCCUACUAUGGCUUUACAAAAUUACUUGAGCUCUUUGAAGCCAUACCAGAUGUCUUACUUGUAUUGGAAUGUGGGGAGGAGAAAAUUCUCACUCUCACAGAGGUAGAACAAGUCAAAGCAGUUGCUGCCCAGUUUGUGAAACUGUUACGGUCUCAGAAAGACAACUGCCUCAUGAUGAGUGAUUUACUGACAGAGUACAGCAAGACAUUUGGAUACACCCUGCGGCUUCAUGACUAUGAUGUUAGCUCAGUCUCAGCUCUAAUGCAGAAGCUUUGCCAUGUUGUGAAGGUUGUUGACACAGAGUCUGGCAAGCAGAUUCAAUUGAUAAAUAGAAAAUCUCUGCGGAUUCUGACUGCCCAAUUGCUUGUCUUGUUGAUGUCCUGGGAUGGAACAUCCUUUCUUUCUGUUGAACAACUUAAACAGCAUUAUGAAGCAAUCCAUAGUACUUCACUGAAUCCAUGUGAAUAUGGAUUUAUGACCUUAACUGAACUCCUGAAGAGUCUGCCUUACUUGGUUGAGGUUUUUACCAAUGGGGCAGCAGAAGAAUAUGUGAAGCUUACAAAUCUCUAUAUGUUUGCAAAAAAUGUAAGGUCCUUACUUCACACUUACCAUUAUCAGCAGAUUUUUCUUCAUGAGUUUCCAGUAGCAUAUAGCAAGUACACAGGAGAAGUGCUGCAACCUAAAGCCUAUGGGUGCAAUAAUAUAGAAGAGCUCUUGGGAGCAAUUCCACAGGUGGUCUGGAUUAAAGGACAUGGCCAUAAGAGAAUUGUGGUACUAAAGAAUGAUAUGAAAGCUCGUUUUACCUCACCUAGUUUUCCUCCUGCUGAUCAUGUGGAUGAUCAUGGAAAUCAACUUGCUGAAGAUGAUGGAAAUAUUAUGGGGAUCCCAGCAUCCACUUCAUCGAUGGAACUAAGUCUAGGAACACCUAGCAAUGUUUCAAAUCAAACUGAGCAAGAACUUCUUUGCCUCACAAACACAUCUCCUGUUGACCUUUUGUGUGAGCCAGUUCCUUCCUGCCUUCCAUCUCCCCAGCUGAGACCUGACCCAGUAGUUCUGCAGUCUGCAGACCUCAUUCAGUUUGAGGAACGCCCUGCAUCUCUCUCAGAGAUAAUGAUUUUAACAGAAGAAGAAAAACAAAGAAUUGUUGCCACAGCUCAAGAAAAAUUGACCUCUGAUUCUGUGGUAUCUACCACCACAGAGAAUGCUUCAGUGGCUCCCAGUCAGUCCUCUGAAAGCCAGCUAAACAAGGAUGCAAUGGACAGCCCAGCUAAAAAGCAACAUAAAAACAAGGUGAAAUUGGCAGCAAACUUUUCAUUUGCACCUGUAACCAAGCUUUAAUUCUUUCUUUUUAGUGGAAAAGACAUACCUUGGUGUCUGCAGAAAGUAAAGCUAUUUGCUAGCCCUUAAAUAUUUUAAUGAAAGACCUAGAUUAAUUUGUAUUUAAUGUAUUCUGUGAAGAAUUUGUUCCUUUUACACUGAACACAGUUGUCAGCAGAGCAGAUUUUUUCUAUUAUUUUGAAAAAAAAAUCCUGGCAUUUGUUAAAUAAAUUUUACAGUUUUUUCAUAAAUGUGUUCAGUAAAAGUGAAAUAUUAAUUAAAUUAAAAUGGAACAGAUUUUAUUUUCUUCAAGUCUUGUUAGUGGUAUAAUCAUACAUGUAGCAUAUUGUAUUCUAUAGGCUGUUGCUAACUGGUAUUGUUGCAGACAGUAUUAAUAAAAUGCAUGAUCUGUCUUUCAAAGCCUGUUGAGAAAUUUUAACUUGCUGACCUGAAAUGGCAAGGGUGAGAGAGUUAAUUGUACUCCAGAGGAGAACCUUGUUCUUGUAACUGCAUUGGAAAAAUCUGUUGUCUGAAGAUGUCUGUAGAAGAUUGUGGAUUUCUUGUAAAACUUGUUUUAAAUAUUUUCUGUAGCUUUCAGUCCCAUUUAGGAGCUUUCUAGGACAUGGAUGCUUUAAACUUCCCUUUUAUAUUUAGUUCCAGUCUGGCAUGGAUUUGGUUAAGGAAAAGACUGUCUUGGUGUAAUGUGUAAGAUACAGACACACACAUUUUUUUGUGUCUAGAAAUGAAGUUAGGAAGAUUCUGAUAUUUCUGAAAUAUGCAUUUAAUGCAUAAGUUACAGAUAAUAGAGCAGGUCUUAAUAAAAUGCUUUUUGAUGGAAGGUAUUGGUGCUAUUUCCAUCUGUAAGGAAAGUUCUAACUACAGGUGGAAAUGCUAAGGUUGUUCUGCUUAAACCUUGUUUUCUAUUUUUAAGCAUGUUCAGUAAAUGAGAAGCUUAUCCUUUGAUGUGCUGUCUUUUAGCUGUGUCUGGUUUUAUUCUGAAACUUACUCCCAGUGUUGGAAGCUUUUUUCAAUUUGUGGUAUCCUGUGUUGGUUUUUGAAAGGGCCAGCUUUGGAAGAGAAGUUAAGUCAGUGGAUAACCUUAACUCUAGUUGGCAGAAACGUCCAGUGUAUGAGACUUUCUACCCAUUAUGGGUAACCAUGGCAUUUACAAUGGGUUGUAUUUGCCAGGCAACAAAUAAAUUGCUUGUAGUAUUGAAAGAACCUGUACUAGAGGUUUUCCACUGGCCAAGUGAAUGUUUAGGUGGUUUCUAUUGUAAUAUAUGAGACAUGGAACAUGGGCUCUGAUGUCUCAGCCAGCAACAGGAAAUGCCACUGAAUAAUGGCUAUAGACAGAAUUUUACUAGUCAGAUUUUGUUAUAAAAUCUUUUAAAUUUAGGCAAGUAUUGCCAAUAGUGAACUUAUAGCCAUUGUGAAUGCAGAGAAACACUUGGAAGUUUUUCUGAACAUUGUGGCACAGUAUUAUGAGUCCUUAGUAAACCUCUACAGACACACUGCUAUAGAAAAGUAUUUAGAAGUAAGCUUUCUUGGAAUGCUUUUAAUGAGUUAAAUGCAAGAACAUCUGCUUUCACCUCAAGUUUGAUAAGGUUAACACUGAUCAGUCUAGAUCUCUGUUUCAGAGGAGCAUUGGGAAAAAGACCAGCCUGAGAUUAUAUUUUCAUGAGAUGCAGCUACAAGUCAUCUGGAGUACUAAAGAAAAGCAGGUUUUUGUUUCAGCAGAAAAUAAAUAAGGCAUUUGUCACAGUGAGUGUGCUGGUUAUGCGAUUUAUGGAGGUCAGCAUAUCUUUUCUGGAUUCAUGUGUGAUACUGAUGAAAUUGCUGUUUGAAAGUAAUAGAAUAAUAUGUUUGAGAAGUUGUGUUCAUAGUGUAACAAAAUAACUAAGUGAAUUGCAAUAUAUUUUUUUAUCUGAAGGGUUAAAUGAAUGAUGGGACUAGCAGAUUUAAAAGCAUUACAACCAUGAAUUUCUUUAAUUUAACAAUUAAAUGUACUACUUCAGAUUCAUGUUUGUUAAAAAAAAAUGUCACUGAAGCCCUCAAUUUAUGCACUAUCUUUUCCUUGGAGUUGGAGGGGGAGAAAGAAUUCUUUUCUUAGUGGUCUGCUUUGUUUGGACACUUUCUUUUGUGGCUCAAGUGCUGUUUUGUGUGUUGGGACCAAACAGUUGUGUCAAUAAAAUUUUCAAGCAAGCA